GUUCACGGUUGCUGGACGAGCUUGUUGCCACUUCGUGCAAGUUCGGCCUCUCUUCGCGUAGACAUGGAACAUUUUUAAAAUGUCCGCUGCGCGUUGAGGGCACCACUGCGCACUUGUUUAGCGUCCUACUUAUGCGACGUUGCCAAAUGUAUUGACUCAAAUACGAACGAAGACAAAACGUACGCGCGUGGAGUGUUAACUUAUAACCGGCAGCUUUUUUAUUAAUCGAACUCGAGUGUUUUCACAAUUAAUCCUAUUCAUUCUCCCAUAAAAUGAUUUACAAUAAGUAAUCACUUGGAUUCUUUGUGAUGAAAAGCUUAGUCAGUGUUUAAAAUAUUAGUGUUUCAGUGAAAACAUAUAUAGUUCUCAAGAUAACAAAGGAAAGCUUAAAUAACAAUUAAAUUUCUUUAUAAAGGAUAUGCUUUCUAAAACGACACAAAACAAAGAAUAAUUAAGGCAGCUGAAGUGGAAUAAAGAAACUGGUUAUUCGACAGCGCCGAUUGUGAUAUGGGGGAACGGGGCACAACGGGGGGCGCUUGGGGUGCGCGCGACGAAGCCUCGUGGUGGCCGGGUGGAUCUGGUGAAAUACAGCAUCAACAACAAUUAAAUGAAGAGAUUGCUAGAAGUACUGCUUCUGCAACCCAUCAAUUAUACACCUACAAAAUGACUGGUGGUUUUUCUAAUAAUGGUGCUGAUAACUCGACGCCAAGUUUUGAUUACCGUAUAAUGACUGGUUCUAAUACACGAGAAGAAUCUCCUCAACAACCAUGGUGGUAUGCCACAGGGUCAGUAGAAUCGCAACAGACGUCAUCACCCACGCCCCAAAACCAGUCUAGCCCGGAUUCUGAUCAAAGCAAUCAGGCCAACGGGCAGAUCCAACAGAACCAUCAGGCUCUACGGCAACAAGCCCAAGAGCAGAAUCAAAUCCAACAGAAUCAGUUGCAACAACAGUUGCAGCAACAAAACCUGCAACAGGCCCUCCAGCACCAGAGCCAGAACUUGCAACAAACAUUGCAGCACCAGCAACAAACGUUGCAACAAAUGCUGCAACAACAACAACAACAACAACAGCAACAGCAGCAACAACAACAACAACAACAGCAGAAUAGUCAACAACAAUCCAUACAGUUGCAAGUGAGCCAGGCUCAGGCUCAGGCUAUAGUGCAAGCGCAGGCGGCGUUGCAGCAGCAAGUGGCGCAGUCACUGCAGCAACAGCAGCAAACUCUGCAGGAACAGAUACAGGCUUCACAGCAGCAACAAAUACAAGCUGCGCUGCAACGGCAGUCUGCCACCUUACAGGAGUUACAACAGCAAGCUCAACAGCAGGCCCUCAUCGCACAAGCGACCAACAAAGGCAGGAUGCCGCGAGCGAAGCCAUACAACAAACCACGCGGUCGAAUGACUGCGUACGCGUUCUUCGUGCAGACCUGCCGGGAAGAGCACAAGAAGAAACAUCCGGAAGAAAACGUUGUCUUUGCCGCUUUCUCCAAGAAAUGCGCUGAAAGGUGGAAUACUAUGUCAGAGAAGGAGAAGCAAAGGUUCCAUGAGAUGGCAGAGCAAGACAAGAAACGCUACGAUCUGGAGAUGCAGAACUACGUGCCGCCCAAAGACGUAAAGGUGCGCGGCAGAAAGAGACAACAACAAAAGGACCCCAACGCGCCCAAGCGAUCGCUAUCAGCAUUCUUCUGGUUCUGCAACGACGAGCGUUCCAAGGUGAAGGCCAUAAACCCCGAGUACACGAUGGGGGAUAUCGCUAAGGAGCUGGGCCGGCGCUGGGCCGCGGCCGACCCUGAGACUAAGUUCAAGUAUGAGUCGCUCAGUGAACAGGACAAGGCGAGAUAUGAUAGGGAGAUGACGGCGUACAAGAAGGGUCCCCUAGCGCUCGUGCAGCAACAGCCGCUCAAGCCGGACGAGGAGGAGGAGAUGGUGGAGUUCGGGGCCGACAACGAGUACAAGAGGACUUGGAGGAUAUGUAAUCUGGACCCGCAACACACAGCUAAUAAUCUUACGCCCAGCGCAGACCAACAGAGUGACGGCGAGUAGAGUCAUUAUGCGUCGGGUCGCGCCGAGUGGAGUCGCAGUGCGCCGAGUCACGCCGAGUGGAGUCAUAACGCGCUGGGUGAUGACUAGUGCUUUGAGGAUCUAUUAGAGCUUUGCUCACACAUUACUUAGAGUUGAAACGAGACAGAUGUAUGUAAAUUCGUCUCAUUUUAAGUCUCUCUUAGUCUGAGCAAAGGUAAAGUACGUUUUAUAGAUCUCAGCCUUAGUCUGCUCCAUCUUUUCUUUUCUUACGCCAAUUUCAAUCUUAGGUCGAAGUGAAUAAAGCUGAAUUCAAGUUAUUAAAUAAGACGUUGCGACUCCACUCCACUAAGUUGUUCUGCGUUGCGUUUAAGGUGCGAUUCCGUAAAAAAUAACGUCAUGAAAAAAAAGUGCUACAAGCCUACGCUCUAUGUUAAAAUUGCACGGAAAGUGUAAAAAAUAGCAGUUUUUCAAUGAAAGCCGCAAAGAUAAUCCCAGUGUUGUUGAUGGUUUUUGGAUUUUUGAGUUGGUUGAGAGAGAAGAAAAUGCAGUCACUCCAGGCUUUUUUUACCUUUAAAACUAAUAAUUUCUGAAUGAAACGAUUGCGAUAGACAGGCAUAAGGUAAUACACA